GUGUUGACGCUAUGCCUCGUAAUCUGCACAUCCGCCUUACACCUCUAUCUUCUUACUCGUCGAGAUGGUAUCAAAUUCAGUAGUGCGUUGAGAGAAGGCGCAGGUAGUGCUGUGGCAUUCUCGCUGGCUAUCACUGUGAUAUGGCCAGUCACAGCCCUCCUUGUCUAUCACAUGAGGCUAUUAUUGUUAAACAUCACCACUAUUGAACAAAUUAGAAACCAAGCGCACAAAUCUCUUGUGCCAGGUCCCGCUCCUCCCAACGCAUUUUCAUAUGGCUCAUGGCGACACAACCUCAUGGAAGUGUUGUGCCGACCAGCAGGACUUUCAUGGCUCGAUGCUCAUGCUCCUGUUACGGAAGACAAGCGGCGGAUAAACCCUGGUCUUGAAGAUGCUAGCCCGAGGUGGGAAGAGAUGGACACUAGAAGAACCGUGGAAGAAAUCAUCGCGAUUUAAAAUUGGAAGUAUUCUAUCCCUUUCUGCUCUUGCAAUUCAAAUUUUGAUUUGCGCUGGAGGUGUGCUUCUAUUAAGAGCCUCGUGCAGCGGGGUGUCAUCGUAUACCUUGAGUGUGAGCAAACUAUCAAUGGUACGAAAGGAGGGCGCGGAGGCCCGAAGCUCCAUGCGUGCAAGCUUCCAUUGUGAAAUGUUGGUUGAAUGAACGCGUUUCAAAAUGGAUUCAUGUGGAUUAUGACAGCCUGAGAACGUGGUCGCUGCCAGCAUGUACGUAUACUUAACUCUAACGUUAAGACGGCAGUGUCGUGCGUUGACGCAAUUGAGUCAGCGGAGGCGGCGCCGAUCAGAAGAGCUUGUGAGGAGCGUGUGGAUGGUCGUAGUCCCGCGCGCAUGGUAAGGUACAAGAAUAGCUAAAGGAG